AUGCAGACGACGACAAUCAGUGAAGUCCAUACGGUUUCGCACCAUCCGACAGUUGGCCCUCAUCACAACCUUAAAGAGAGUGGCAAGCACGACGAACGAAUUGAAAUGCAAGUGGGGUCCUCUACAAGUGAUUCAGGAGCAGCGUCUAUCUCUGACCUGAAAGCCCAAACGAAACGUCAGCGGCUGCGCGCACGAGUGCAAUUUGCGACAGUUUGUGGGUCGAUGUACUUAGCUGGAUGGAAUGACGGGACGACUGGUCCAUUGCUUCCCCGGAUACAGAAAGUGUAUGGCUUGAAUUUCGCUGUCGUAUCUCUUAUAUUCGUGUUCGCAUGUGUUGGCUUCCUGUCUGGAGCAUUCGCAAAUCUAUAUCUAAACGGCAGGUUCGGUUUCGGGAAGUCGCCUUAUCAUUGUUCAGGAUCGGCGUGUCAAGUGAUAGCAUACGCCAUAGAAGCGGGUGCCUUGCCAUUUCCUGCAUUCGUGCUAGGUUACGCCAUCAAUGGCUUUGGAAUGGCUCUACAGGACGCACAAUCGAACGGUUUUGUGGCCAGUCUCAAGGAUAACCCCGAGGUGAAAAUGGGAAUCCUCCACGCGGUAACGGUCCAAUGUGACGGAUGUUCCUAUCUUCAUUUUUUAGGUGCUGGGGCUUUGUCGUCCCCUCUGGUAGCAACGCAAUUUGCUCAGCUUCCGCAUUGGUCAUUCCACUACCUAUGCAGCCUUGGUAUUGCGAUCAUAAACACUGUAUUAUUGGUUGCAGUCUUUAGGCUGAAAACACAGGAUGAGUGCCUUGCUCAGAGUGGACAGCCGGUAGGCGAAAAGGGAACGAGCGAAAAGAGCCAGUUCAACCAGAUAUUGCGGCUCAGAGAAGUGCACCUCCUUGCCUUCUUCAUUCUGAUAUAUGUAGGAGUGGAGGUCACUGUGGGUGGUUGGAUGGUGACGUAUAUAAUCGACGUGCGCGGAGGAGGUUCAAGUUCGGGAUACAUUUCAUCAGGGUUUUUUGGAGGUCUCAUGAUUGGCCGUGUCGGUCUCUUGUGGGUGAACAAAAAGGCAAGUUUCUAUCCCGUUCGUAGCAUGCAAUAUAAAUCCCAAAGGCCACAGGUUGGGGAACGUCGUGUUUUGUUCAUUUACUCCAUCCUCGCAAUUGGGCUGGAACUAGUAGUGUGGCUAGUACCUUCGCUCAUUGGUGGAGGCGUUGCGAUCUCCAUAAUUGGUAUAAUUUUGGGGCCGAUGUACCCCAUCGCUAUGAAUCACACAGUACGAAUCCUCCCUGGGUGGCUCGUCACAGGGUCGAUUGGCUGGAUAGCAGGAUUCGGGCAGGCAGGUUCUGCGCUCUUGCCAUUCUUAACCGGUGCCAUCGCAUCAAAGACGGGAAUAAAGAGUUUACAGCCAUUUCUCGUUUCGAUGAUGGCGUUCAUGACCGUCUUAUGGGCUUUUGUGCCGAGAACAGCUAGGAAAGCUGAAUGA